AUGACUAGUUGGAAUGAUAAAGCAGGAAAUGUCAUUCGAGAAGUUUUAUCACUGCUCACAGGAGGAGUGUUGCUGGUCUUUGUCUACCUCUUCGGAAGGAUCAAUUGUGUUGAACAAAGAAUUAGGUUGUCUCUGGCUGGUAUCAUCAUGGUUGGAAUGUCCAUUGCGUUCUCAUUUAGAUUGUCCAGUGCUGUAGGAUUGGAGUAUGGACCGCUACAUUCUAUUUUGCCUUUUUUUCUGCUGGGUAUUGGAGUAGAUAACAUGUUUGUGGUUGUUGGGUCCUACAAGAGACUCAGUCACAGUGAACUCAGCUUACCCUUGAACCAGAGGAUAGGGAAGUUGUUACGGCCUGCAGGUGUGUACGUUCUUGUGACGUCAGUGACUGACAUUUUGGUUUUUGGAGUUGGUGGUACAACAAUUAUGGUGGUGGUGAUAACUCUGGGUUUGCUAGGACUGAACAUUUGGGGAUUAUAUAGCCUUAAACAGGACUACAAGGAAAACUGGUUCUCUCCUACUGACUCCUACGCUUAUGAAUUCAACGAAAUGAAAGACAAAUAUUUCCCCAAAAGAGGAGCCUUAGGGGGCGUCUACUGCAAGAACAUCGAUUACCUUAACUCGAAGACGAAAUUUGAAACUUUGUACAACCGAACGAUUAACAACCAGUAUAUAGCAACUGGUUCAGUUGACAGUUGGUUCAAAUCUUACACAGACUGGUUGGAAACAAAUCCGGCAGCAACUGCUGGCAAAGUGACAAACAACUAUCCAAAUACAGAAGCAGACUUUGCAGAUCUCUUGCAAACCUUUCUGAACAAUGAGACUAAUGGAAAACGGCAUCUAAGAGAGGUGGUUUUCCAAAACAACUCUGGAAUUCUGGAUAUCACGACAACGUACGUUUCAUAUCAACACAAGAUAUUUGAUACUGUUGCAGAAGAAAUUGUGGCAAUGGAUGCUAUGGUGGAAUUAGUGAGAGGGAUUUUUCCUGAGACAGAAUGCUCUCCGUAUUCCAGAAAGUAUCUAGAAUGGGAGGCUAACAAAGUGAUUAAGCGUGAGUGAUUGAGAAACGUGAGCCUGGCUUCAGUGUGUGUAUUUGUAGUCACUCUGGUCCUGAUAGACAAUCUUUGGACCAGUCUCGUAGUCGUUACCUGUGUCAUCAUGACUCUGCAGGAUAUUGUUCGUAAAGACUGUAAGAUUGCUUCUGAUGUAGGUGGAUGUGGCUGGCAUUAUGCACCUUUGGGGCAUGUACAUCAACAUUAUGUCCAAUACUAAUCUCGUCAUUGCCAUUGGAAUGGCUGUGGAUUACUCAGCACACAUCGGCCAUUGCUUCAUGACAGUUGCAGGAGACAAAAAUGAUAAUGAGUUGGAGCAAAAUCCAUUCAGAAGUAUAACGAUAAUCGGCAGCCCACCAAACCUGUUGCAUCCGCCCAUCAGCAUGAAAGCAAUAACAGUUGUCGACAGCCCACCAAACCUGUUGCAUCCGCCCAUCAGCAUGAAAGCAAUAACAGUUAUCGGCAGCCCACCAAACCUGUUGUAUCCGCCCAUCAGCAUGAAAGCAAUAACAGUUAUCGGCAGCCCACCAAACCUGUUGUAUCCGCCCAUCAGCAUGAAAGCAACAGGGAUAAUGAGUUAGAGCAAAAUCCACUCAGAAGUAUAACGAUAAUCGGCAGCCCACCAAACCUGUUGCAUCCGCCCAUCAGCAUGAAAGCAAUAACAGUUGUCGACAGCCCACCAAACCUGUUGCAUCCGCCCAUCAGCAUGAAAGCAAUAACAGUUAUCGGCAGCCCACCAAACCUGUUGUAUCCGCCCAUCAACAUGAAAGCAAUAACAGUUAUCGGCAGCCCACCAAACCUGUUGUAUCCGCCCAUCAGCAUGAAAGCAACAGGGGUAUGUUACAACCUUGCUCGAACAAGCGAAUCCAUAAUUACGGAUUAUUUGUCUCUUGAGAGUCUGCAGCAUCUAAAAGUCUUCCGACAGCUGUGUACCUCAACACAAGAUGUCCGGUCGGGUAGCGGCUAACGCACAUACUUCUCACCGCUGCGACCCGAUCCCCGUGAUCAGCAGUGGUUGCCCACUCGGGUUUCCUCCCACAAAAUGACCCCCUAGCGCCAACAUCCGUGCAAGUCGAUAAAUAGCUAGUAUAUGGCUGAUGUUUAUUGUUGUUUGCAUGUCCGACUUUUGAUUAUUAUUUACUAAGGAAACUGUACACUACAACAGGUCGCUACAUUAUACAUUGUUUAUGUUAAAUUCACACCCAGCAUUAAUUCGGAGACGUUGGAUUUAAGAUGGCGGUACUUUCAUCCAUGUCAGAUUUGUAGCUGUAUGUACCGAUAUGGCCACUGGUUUCCCGGUGUCUAUUGGUAUGCGAGUUGUCUCCCCCGACCUUUAACACAAAUCGUGGUCCCAUUUAUUCCACCAUAUUGUGCAUUGUACUUCUGGUAUUUCUAAAUAAAAUUGUAAAA